UCUGGUUCUUGACGUGGCGAAAUUCAUCGCUCGAACGAAACCACGCAACAAUCCCUGCUUCAGGGCUCCAAACAUAUCGCCAUUACGCAUGUAGAGAGCCUUGUUUCUCUGCUCGGAGCGCACGGCCUCAGAACCGGAGGAUGCUGCUGAAGCGCUGCAAUCAGCUGAUAAACAAGAGGCAAAGUUUGAUUUCCUUUUAGAACUGAGCAAUAAGGAGGAAAGGAAAUAAAAAAAAGGUGAGUCAUCUCCAUUGAUGUGCAUCAGAGGGAACGUUAUCAGAGCAAGAAACUCUUCCUGAAGUCUGUAGUCUUUCUCUGAAAUCCAGUGCAAACAUGAGGGACAGACUAAGCCACCUGCAGGAAGUGUCCACUGGCAGUAUCGAAACCUCUGAGUAUGCAGAGUCCACCUUUUCUGACACCUUUAGUAAUGUCGACCUGGAAGAGGAGCUACCUCAUCAGGCAGUCGUGUUCGACAACAGCCCUGCUCUCUCCGAUGUCUUUGCUCAAUCCCAGGACAUCCACCGAGAGGUACAACUCAUCCGAGUUGAAGUUAAAAGGCUCCGUGAGCAGAAUUCCCGCAUGCUCCAUGGCAACACUACCAUGAGCACAAUUAAAAAAGACUCCAAUGCUAUAGGCGCAGACAUAAAGAAGAAGGCUGAGGAUGUCCUAGAACGCCUGCACAAAAUGGACGGAACAGCCCACAAGUUAGAGCAGGAACAUGGCGAAAAUUCUGCAGUCACACGCAUCGCCCGAACCCAGUAUGCUUGCCUCAGCAAUGGUUUUCGAGACGCCAUGUUUGACUAUAAUGAGGCUGAGAUGACCCAUCGAGAAAACUGCAAAGCCCAGAUCAUGAGGCAGAUGGAGAUUGUUGGCCGGGACGUGACGGGCGAAGAUGUGGAGGAGAUGAUCGAGAAGGGCCAGUGGAAUAUCUUUACUGACAAUGUUGUGAGUGAAGGCAAAACGGCCCGAUCAGCUCUGUUCCAGAUUGAGAAGCGCCAUCAGGAGCUCUUAGAUCUGGAGAACCGUAUCCAGGGAAUCCAUGAGAUUUUCCUGGACAUUGCCCUACUGGUAGAGGAACAAGGCCCAAUGCUGGAUUACGUCCAAACAAAUGUUCAAAAAACCGACGCGGGCAUACAAGAUUCCAUCGUCAAACUUAAACUGGCUAAAAAACAUGACAACAACAAUCCGUUUAAGAAGAUGUUUUGCAGUUGCUUCCCAUGCUAUAACUAAGGACUGGAACCAUCUGCAAUGUAAAGUCUUUGAUAAAUGCAUUCUUAUUAUUGUUGCAAAGCAAUACUUGUUAUUGAAGGACAAUAAUAUCAAGAACUUAAAUGAAGGUCUAACUGUAGAAUCAGUAGCACAGUCAUCUGCACUAUAUGUAGAGAUAACAAUAUGCUUCUGUAUAAAAAAAAAAAAAAGUUUAUUCUUAAGUUAUAUCCACGAGUAUCUAAAUUCCUGGGAUGGAAUGGUGACCUGCCCUGGAUGCACCUCUGGCCUAGUGACUGACCCUGAGAAAGUGUACAUAUAUAUAGAGAGAGAGGGAGAGAAAAAAAAAUCUGCCAGUGUCUCAAAUCAUAAUUUUAUGAAAUGGAUGUGAUGAAAAUUAUUCUAAAUUAUUGUUGAUCUUUUUUGCCAUUUGGACUCUAUUUAAACCUGGUUGGGACUGUUUCCUUCAGCAAAUUAAACUGGAUUGAGUGACCUGAGAUUGCACAUCUCCUUAUUUACAACCUAAAAAUUUACUUAAGAUGUUAUUGUGGUUGUUUUUGGGCUAAAUGUUAUAUGUCAUGUUACCUUUAAGUCAUUAUCAACUAUAGAUGUCCAGGCAAUAGUAUCUAUAAUUGCUCAGAUGUCACAUGAAUAAAUCACACAAUAAAAAUACAUUUUUAUGGUACAAUCACA